UUUGUAAAUAUUAGUAUAAACACUUUUAAUCGUAAUGUCUCAAUUUAAUUUUUUGAACGAACUGACCAGUGCAAUGACAUUGGACGGGGAAAUUACACGGGGACCAGCACCUCGCUGGCAAAAAAAAUUGGAAGCUUCUGCAAUGGCUAACAGCCUUAACGGCAGUAUAAAUGCGUCACGUUCCGUACUGUCUAUGUCUUACAAUACCAGUUUUUCUGGUGUAAAUCCACCCGCAAGAACCCCAAGGAAAGUUAGUGGAGAUAUAAAGUGCAAGAAAACACCUACACCAAGUAAAGGUACAAAGACGCCAAGUGGUGGUGAUCGUUUCAUUCCAAACCGUGGAACUAGCAACUUCGAACUUGGACAUUAUUUGAUAAAACAAGAGCAGGACAAAUCGGAAAACGAUGAUAAUGACAACAGCAAUAAUGCUAAUAAAAAGACUCCUUCGAAGGUUGAGCGUCAAAAGCUUAUAUCGGAUUCAUUGCAAGUUGGUGAUACGAAAAGCACUCGAAUUUUAUGUUAUCAAAAUAAAGCACCUGCGGCUCCAGAAUCUCAUCAAAAUCCGUUGAAAGUGGUUUAUUCAAUAAAUACACCUUUAUCGACUAAGAGCGGCUCUCGUUUUAUACCAACCACAUCGGAUCGCAUUCUAGAUGCACCUGACAUAAUAAAUGAUUAUUAUUUAAAUUUAAUGGAUUGGAGUGCUGACAAUAUUGUGACAGUAGCUUUGGGUAAUGCAGUUUAUUUAUGGAACGCCGUAACGGGAAAUAUAGAUCAAUUAGUGGAGUAUGAGGAAGGAGAUCAUGCCUGCGCCCUCUCUUGGAUACAAGACGGACAAAUAUUAGCAAUUGGUAAUAAUACUGGUGUAGUAGAAUUGUGGGACUGCCAUAAAAGUAAACGUCUUCGUGUCAUGGAUGGGCACUCGGCUCGAGUAGGCACAUUGGCUUGGAAUUCAUUCCUUGUAUCAUCGGGCAGUCGGGAUGGUUCCAUCAUACAUCACGACGUACGGGCGCGUGAGCAUAAAGUAGCUAACCUAAAUGGACACACACAGGAAGUGUGUGGUCUGAAAUGGUCAACUGAUUUUAAACAUCUUGCUAGUGGUGGCAAUGAUAAUUUGGUUAAUGUAUGGGCAGCAGUAAGUGGUGGUACAGGUAGUGGUACCGAGCCUUUGCACGUACUCAACGAACAUCAAGCAGCGGUACGAGCAUUAGCUUGGUGCCCCUGGCAGCCAAACCUCUUAGCUAGUGGUGGUGGUACCGCGGAUCGUUGUAUAAAAUUCUGGAAUGUAAACAAUGGUUCUUUAGUUAAUUCGGUCGAUACUAAAUCUCAAGUAUGUGCACUUUUAUGGUCUCGAAAUUACAAGGAGUUGAUUUCGGCGCACGGUUUCGCACACAAUCAGCUGACGAUUUGGAAGUAUCCAUCAAUGAUAAAACAAGCGGAAUUAAGUGGGCACACUUCGAGAGUUUUGCAAAUGGCCAUGUCACCUGACGGGAGUACAGUAAUAAGCGCAGGUGCAGAUGAAACAUUGCGUUUGUGGAAUUGUUUUGCCCCAGAUCCACAUACCGCGAAAAAAGCGAGUAAGGCAGCAAGCAAAGCUAAGCAAAGCGUUUUUCGUCAAAGCAUUCGAUAAAUCAAGAGUACCGAUUUUUAGUUAAAGAGAACUUAUACAUUUCAAAAUAUGUUGACUUUUAUGACAAAAUUAGCUUAAGUAUUUGGAAAUGCUUUGAAAGUGAUGAGUGGAUAUAUU